AUAAUUUAUGUACAUGUUGGAACAUCUCGGAAAGGAAACAUGUCAACUAACCAAACACCAGCCUCCAGAGACCAUAAACAUGGUCCUGGGGAGACAGAAAGUGCGACCAAAGAUGGCAAAAGUCCUCCUAAUCAUCCAAUAUUUGAUGCAAUCAAAUCUGGUAUGUUGGUACCAGUUCAAACAGCAGCUGAAGAUGGACCCUCAGUUUUCUCACUCCGAGAUGAUAAAGGCCACACUCCUGCCCAUUGGGCAUGCCUUGGAGGCCACACUGUUAUACUUCGAUUCAUCUUAGACAACAAAGGCCCUGUUGAUGAGGCCAGUAAUAAUGAACUAGGAGCUCGUCCAAUUCAUUGGGCAUGUGUAAACGGACAUGUAGCAAUAGUUGACAUUUUACUCCAGGCAGGUGUUUCUAUAGAUGUUGUUGAUAAUAAAGGGUGUACACCAUUAAUAGUGGCAGCUCAAUAUGGACAUACAAUGUUAGCUGGUUACCUAAUGGGUAAAGGUGCAAGGCUACAGAUAGUAGACAGGGAUGGAGACAACGCAUUACAUUGGGCAGCAUUUAAAGGACAAAAUGAAUUAAUGAGAUUGUUGAUAUAUUCUGGUUUUAAUCCUCGACAGAGAGAUAACUAUGGACAAACAUCACUACAUUUAUCUUGUAUUAAUGGUAAUCUAACGUCAGUCAAAGAAUUAUGUGAACAGGACGGUGCUGAGUUAGAUCUUAAAGACAAAAAUGGAAAAACCCCACUGAUGCUAGCCUCUGGUAGAAAGCAUCAAGAUGUCAUAGAGUAUCUGCGAAGACAGAUUAAAUCUAAAAAUAGUUUUAUACCUAAAUUAGAUCUGUUAUCUAUAGCAUUUGGUCCCCCAGGGAACAGUAAAGUAGCCAUCUUGUUUUUCAUGGUGAACGUGUUAUGCUGGGGUUAUCCUAUGUAUAUAAUAAAGUGUUUACCGUACACAUGGUAUGACCUUAUGGUAUUACAUAUAAUAUUCUUCAUACUGAACAUAGUCAUGUGGUUUUCAUUGUUCCAUGCCAGUACGACAGAUCCUGGUUAUCUUCCUAGAAAUGUACCAGAGUAUGAUUUAGCUAUUAAACAGGUUGCACAUUUUGAUGAGUGGAAACAAGGAGAGAAUCCAUUAAGUCGAUUGUGUCACACAUGCCGCCUCGUAAAGCCGCUACGAUCCAAACAUUGUAGAGUUUGUAAUAGAUGCAUUAAAGUUUUUGAUCAUCACUGUCCAUAUAUAUACAACUGUGUAGGAUAUAAAAAUAGGCAGUGGUUUUUCAUUUUUGUUUGGUCAAUGUUUCUGUUGGCGAUGUGUACGGAUUUCUUUGCAUACUACCUUUUAAGUGAAGAAUUUGAUUGGGCCAUUUGCAUUGGGGCUAUAGAGGCGGGAAUAGCAACUAUAGGAGUCACAGCUGUCACAUCUAUGAUGACUUUCCACAUGACAUCUAAUAUAACUUCCAAUGAAAGAAUUAACCAGAAGAGAUACAACUACCUGAAGGAUGGAAAAGGUGCAUUCUAUAAUCCAUUUGAUAAAGGACCUGUGUCGAACUUUAGGGACUUCUUUCAUAUGAAACGGGAACUGACAGAAAAAGAUGUAGAAAUUCUCAGUUUAUAAAAAUUGUAUUUGAAUGAAAUAAUGUAAAUAAUUAAUUAUUUUUAUACCAAUUACUGUGUUAUAUUGUAAAUAUGUUACAUAUAUGAUCAAAUUAUUUAUUUAUUAUACAUUUAUGUUGUAUGCAAAUAUACAUUAAAUUGGGAUAUUUGGUUGUUUUACCAUCAAGUACAUCUAGUAGAAAAUGUUUGCACAUUUUGUCAAUUCCAUAUUUUUGUCAUCAUGGAUUUCAUUGUAAAGUUAAAUUAGGUUGUGUACACAUUGUAAUGUUGCAUUAAGAUAAGACAUCAAAAGUAAAAUGUUUGUGUGUACUCAUCUAGCCCUUCACGUAGAAAGGGCAUCAAAAGUUGAAGUUAAUUAUUUAAAAUGUGGCAUUUUAUCUUUUUAUAUUUUAGUGUGUUGGAUUUUGUCACUAUAAUCAUGCUCUCAAAAAAGCCAAAAAUAAGUUUAUAACCAGAAUACCUGAUUUACUGUAAAUCAAUUGUUUAAAUGAAUGUAUUUGUGAUUAAGUUUAUACCAGAACCAUAAUUCUGACAAUUUUUUUUAUUGUUGUUUUUCCAGAUUCCUUGUAGGUUUGAUAUUGUUGACAUUUAGACCUUUUAAUUGAACCAGACUUCAUGCAUAUGUUGAAAAGAUUGUGGAGAAUUUUUCAACCUUAUAACUAUCAAGCAUCUCUUUUUCUCAUAUCCCAUCCUUUCCAAUUUUUUUAGGGGGGAUGGGAUAGUUCUAGAAAAGAGUUUUCAAGAAGAAAAUAAAUCCUUUAAAAAAAUCAAAUUUAAUUUAAUAAUAGAACAUACUUUAUAUUUGACCAUAAAACUGGCAAUUCAAUUGUACCAUAAGUGCUAACACAUUUUAUCAUUUAAAUAAUAAGAAAAUCGUGUCAUUUUCAUAAAAUUGUUAUCAUCACUGUAAGAAUUGUCAGGUUUCUAAUACUUGGUGUUGAACUGAUGUUCAUACAGCUCUUGUUUCAAAAUAGUCUCAGAAAGGAAAGUAAUUUGAACUAAAUGACAAAAACAUAUAAUGAGACAAGUUUGUACACCUUUGAAUAAUUUUAAAAAAAAAUGUACAGCUUCAUAUAUCAAAUACUGACAGUUCAAAUCUUUUUUAAUUUUUUGAUAAAUCAGCAGCAAAAUAUAUUUUAAGACAAAAUUUGGGAAGAAAUCUCUUUUAAAUUUAUCAUUGUAACAACUAAUAGUUGCCUUGGUACAAGCGUUUUUAAAAUGAAAGAGGUUGGUAAUUCUAGGUUUCAUAGUUUGUCAAGCUUUCACACUGUAAAGUACAACUGUGGUUAAAUUUUAUUUUUGAAAAUCAUUUGUAGUGAAUGUUUGAAAAUUUGUAAUUUCAUAUGAAAUAUAAAAGAAAAUAUUUAGUUGGUUUUAUUUUUAUUGGUCAUUACUAUUCUCUUUUUUACAUAAAAUGCAAUUUGUUAUGCAUCUUUAUCUUGUAAAUAUCAUUAUAUAGUAUAUAGCAUAAUUAUUAGAAAUCCAUUGCACAAUCAGCCCAUUUAUUGAAUUUUGAUGAUAUGUUCAUUUUAUUUUUUUAUGUGUUCACCAAAUACCGGUAGGUUGUCUUAACCAUCGUCAGUCUUUAUUAAUUAUUGCACAGUUAUGGCAUUUAUCUCAUUUGAAUAUUUCAGUGUUAGUUGUGGUUGACUUUUUCUUUUUUCAUAAGCAUUUAUAUUUUUUAUCAAAUUUUUAAGAUUGUGAGUUAUUUUGAGUUACUAGUUGCUUUUCAAGAUUUAAAAAAAAAUAUGUUUCAAAUUGACGAUACAGAAUUUUCUAUUAAUUCAAAUAUGUAUGAAUCACUGAUUGACUAACAAAAUUAAAAGGUUAUCAUUAUACAUACAAUUAUCCUAAUAAACCUAGUAAUGGAAUAUUUUUUUUCCUUAACAAAAGUUAUUAUAAUGACUGAAAAUCACACAAGUUUAGAAAUGUAGUAGUCCACUAUAGUUACAUUUAAUAAUUAGAAAGUAAAAAUUCACUUAAUAGUUGGGUUUGAAUGUCAGUGGUAGAGAAAUUACCAGACCUAAUUUUGUGAAUGGAAGUUUUAUCAUUGGGCAUGUCAUUCAAGAUUGUGUCAUUUUGAAUUAAACAUUCAUUUAGCAUUUUGGUGCACAUGUCAUUUUACUGUGAAAUAUUAUUGCAUUGUUAGCAUGUUAAUAUGUUAAAUUAAUUUUUCCAUAUUAUUGUUAAUUCAUGGCAUAUAUUUCUGUAUAAUAUUCAUUUCAUCUCUUUUUAUUCCAUCUUAUUUACAAAUACUUCAUGGCAUAUACUUAAGUAUGAUAAUUUCAUCACACCAGCUUUUCAUAAUAUUUUCAUUCUUUAUCAAAUAUGUUUGACCCAUAAUGAGCUAUCAAAAUUUCUCAAGAGUUCUCAUUUUAGCAAUAAACUAACACAUAUUUUUUUUUAUGCCUUUACCAAUGAGGGAGGGAAGGAGGGGUCCUGAUCCCGAAAUACCGGGCUUAAAAAUACGAAAUCCCGAAAUCCCGGGCUUUGAAAACAUGAAAUCGCGAGGUCCUGAGAUUCAAAAAAAGAUUUCCCGGAUCCCAAAAGGGUCAAUCCCGAAAUCCCGAGCUUAAAAACACCCGAUCCUGGAGUCCCGAUAAAGGUCCUAUCCCCCUCACCAAUAGAACUUAAUAAGAUCAAAUGUGAAUAGUUUUAUUUAAUACAUGGUCUUUUAUGAUCUGAAUACAUUUUAUAUCAAUACUCAGCAAAUGUAUAAGUGCUAGAUAAGAUUUUUACAUAAAAGGAUAUAAAAUAGGAUAUCAUGUCAUCAUAAACCAAUUCUGACUUUAUUAAAUGAAUGUUAAAAAAAAUAAUCCUGAAAUGAACUUUUUUUUUUAAAAUUUCAUAUCGUUACAUUCAUUUCUAGUGCAUGUGUUAUAGUUUAAAAGUUAAAAAAGCGUGCAUUGUGAAAGAAAUGAAAGAUUGUAAAUGCCUUAUUAAAACCUAAAAUCUAUGUAUGUUAAACUGUUCUCAUUGUUAUUUUUCAGUAUUUAUAUCAUAUAUGAAAAAUAAAGCACUUUUUAUGUAAUGA